UACCUGUCAGACUGCUACAGGCUGGACACACAGGAGGUCACACGUAGGAACUGCCCGACCAACUUGCCACUUGGAAUUUGUCUUCAUUGCUCUGGGAUUGGGGAUUAACCAGCUGGGAUUUGCUCUGCGGCUUCUGGAGUUGAGAAAGAAGAGACAGAAGACAAGAUGAGCUCCUCACCUCUGCUCAACGGGGUGUUGAAGCCAAAUGCCAAAUCGAUUUACGAACAAAGAAAGAAAUAUUCAAAUGUUAUCAUGGCCGACGUGUCUCAGUAUCAAGUGAACCAUCUGGUGACAUUUACAAUUGGGGAGGAUGAUGAUGUCCACACGGUGGAAGACGCUAUCCGUAAGCUGAAUGCAGUGGAUGCCAAGGGAAAAAUCUGGAUGCAGGAAAUGUUAAUAGAAGUGAACAGUUCAUUGGUCAAGCUCCUUGAUCUGAACAGCAAGGAGGUACUAGAAGAAUUUCCUCUAUCUGCCAUCCAGCGAUGUGAUACGGUUCUGCCAGAGAGAAGGGACCAGCCUCUGUUGAUACUGGUGUGCCAGGACAAAUAUCAGCCAAAACCUGAUGUGUAUUUUUUCCAGUCCGAUAAUGUUGCGGCACAUUUAAUCAAGGAAGAUAUCAACAGUGCUGUGUCUGAUUUUCAGACUGGUGUUAAUGCAAAACGCCCUGAAGCUCUUAGGAACAAUAAGGAGCAGAUUGCCCAGAGCACAACUGGUCCCAAUACAUUCACCCCACUAGGCCAGUGGAAGCAGCCGACAUCACAGUAUGUGACCCCAGCAGAAAUCCUGGAGAGGGAAGCCCAACGUAAACCAAUGGUAAAGCCACCUCGCUCAUCUCUGACCCCCAAAAUCACUGUCAAUUCACAUGAUCAGGGGCAACAGUCAGUCGAGACACCACAGAACUCACAGGAACCAUUAUACAGUGAAAUCAACCGCUCAGACAUACCACAGCAGUUCAUUAUGGAGUCGGGGAGUCCUCAGAUGCAACAGAAGAUAUCCAAAGUUGCAGAAGAAACUGCAAUGGACCCAUCGGCCUUUCGAUCUGGGCAUGAAGUGGACUUGCUGAACCACUGUUUCGAUGACAUUGAGUUCUUUAUGGGCAGCUUACAGAAAUCUGCUGAAGCAUUUAGAAUGCUCAACCAAAGAAAAAAGUCCAGAAGAACCAAGAAGAAAGAAGCUGGCGAAGGACUUUUGACUCUUCGAGCGAAGCCACCCAAAAUCGAAGAAUAUGAGGACGCAGUACAAAAAUUCAAAUAUUGCUUUUGCCUCCUGGCAAGACUUAAAAAUAACAUUGUGAAUCCAAGCGCAGUUGAACUUGUUCAUUUCUUGUUUGGGCCACUAAGAACGCUGGUGGACAGUUGUGGUGGUGUGGAGAUGCCUUCUGAAAUGACCAGUCCAAUGCUAACAAAAGAAGCGGUAACUUUUUUGAAAGAAAGCUUAAAUGACCAGGAGCUAGAGCUAUGGACAUCCCUUGGACCAAACUGGACAAAGCCACGGGUGGAAUAUCCCAGGGAGUAUUCUCAGCCAUACAUUCCAACAUUCAGAGGCGGAUGGGUUCCUGUUAGCACAAAUGGCAAACCAUGGGAAGAUCCAAUUGAACUUCAGCACCGCCAUGAAGAACUUCGAGCUCAGCAAUCGGCACCUCAAGUCAAUAUACCUGCCGCUAUUCCAGCAGUAAAUGGCCAUGAAGAAACGGAAACCAAGCAUGUGAGCUGUACAUAUGACUUUGUGGCAAGAAAUAGCAGUGAAUUAUCUGUGUUACAGGGAGAGGUCCUAGAGGUCAUUGAUGACACCAAAAAGUGGUGGAAAGUGCAGAAUCGCUUCGGACAGAUUGGUUAUGUUCCUUACAACAUUCUUGCCCCCUACACUGCUCCAGAUGCCAACAAAGCAAAAGUAAAUGGCUCCCAGCAAUCAAGCCCUGGCAAGGUAGUACCUCCAACACCACCGAAAAAACCCUCAAAUGGUAGUGGUCGAAACUCAUGGAAUCAAGCCAAUGGACUGAACCAAGAACAGAUAAAUGAACAAGGCAAAAUGGAAAGGAUAAGCAGCAUGAACGAGGAGCUGCUACUCCGGUUGGCUAAUGGUCGCACAGCUCCACAGAAGAACCUGAAUAUUCAGAAGAUGCCAGACACUUCCAUCCCUCUGACAGAUGAGUCAAGUCCUGCUGAGGUCACUGCUUGGUUGCAGGCCAAAGGUUUUAAUACACUGACUGUAAAUUCCCUAGGAGUGCUGAAUGGGGUUCAACUCUUCUCUCUCAGAAAGGACGAAUUUAGGGCAGUGUGUCCUGAAGAAGGAGCCAGGGUAUAUAGCCAGGUCAUGGUGCAGAAAGCUCUUCUUGAGGACUCAAAGAAGAUCUCAGAGCUGGAGGCUGUGAUGGAGAGACAGAAGAAAAAGGUUGACACGAAUGGGCAAUGAGGAACCUUCUGAGAAAAUCCAAAGAUUUUCAUGGACUUAAUAAAGACUAUAUUUAUCUCAUCCCAAAGAGUAUCUAUAUAUAUAUAUAUUAUGUAUAAACAUUACCUACAGUAAGUAUCUAGAUAUGCCAAAGCCAGAUCCAAUGAAGAACAUGGCAGAAAUGUUUGAUGAACAUGAGGAGUCCUGUAGAGACAGAACUGAUUCAUUGGAGUAAUUGAUCAAUGAUGGAUGUGGCUGUUAAUCAUCAAGAAGACUUCUUCAGUCCAGUCGUUAAGCCUUUAGAAGAAAAGCUUUAAAUGAUAAGGAUUCUCUACAUACCUAUAGCACUGACCCUCCUGCGUCAUCUCUUAAAGAUUCCUACUCUUUUACUUGGAAUUACAGUGCUUCGUUCUAUCGCUUCUGGGCUUACAGAAAUUGAAGAAUUUCAAGAAUUUUCCAUGAACUGGGAUUCUACAUAUGGUCAUUUGGGAGCUAUGAGCUACAGUGCAAUAAGAUAUAUAUAGACUGGUAACGUAACAAUAGGUGCCAAAAUUGCUCCAGUGCUAACAGCCAAUUGCAAUAAGGCAGCAUAUUCUGGACUUCCUCUUGCCCAUAUUAUUAUCUUGUCAUCUUUUGUAGUCACACAGCAAAGAUAAUAAGCACUCCCCAAAUUGUGCCCAAUCAGGGCACUGCUACAUUUGUCCAAUCAGGACAGAACAGUUAAAUGAUCAAGCCAUAACUGCAAGCUAUUUGGGGUGGACUUAUAACAUCUUAUUGUGGUUUUUGGAAACCUGUUGUCUUAUAACGUCUCUUUUUUUAUUUAAAUGUCUGUCUUUCUGUAUUUAAAUGCAUAAAACAAAAUUAAAAGGGCUCUCUUA